AUGCAAGCAGAGCAUAUGCCGGAUGGGGAGCUCGAUCGUGCAGUGCUGCUCUACAAAGCCAACCUGAAACCAUUGACCGACGAUGUAACAAUAACUGGCAUCGCGCGGGCCCGCCUAGAGCAGUUUCGGGAGUUGUACGUGGUUGCAGAGCGCGAAGGGCGCAAAGGGUGGUUUUGGCAGGUCCUGGGCGAAGAUAGCCUCAACGCCAUCCGCCAAUUGGGCAUCGCAGUCAUCCGCAGCAAAGACAAGCGGUGCACCCCACUGCUUACGCGCCUGACCCAGAGUAGCUGGGCGAUUCAGCUGGAGCAUGUAGUGGCUUACUUCGGCAUCGAAGCAUUGCUCAGCCAACGAUUCCUCGCCGCGCUACACUCCUUCGCCGAAGUGGCGGACUUGCAAGGCGCGAAACGGUUCAUGGAUGCAGAGAAGGCGAAGCGUGAAACACGACUCGACCGUGAAUGGACGCCGGGCGAUGUGGAACGAGCUAAGAAGCAAUGGGCUGCGCAGAAGCUCACCGCUUUCGUGAUUGAAGAAGCUGACCGAGUUGAGGCCUCACAACUCUCGCCAAUCCAAGAAGCUGAGCGAAACGAGGCUGCACUGAUUCACGAGGCUUCAGUGACAUCGAUCCAGCGUACGGCAACACCUGAACAAGCCAAUCUGCGACAUGACAUACAGCAUGACGAUGGCGGAGCAUCUCCUGGUGGAUACUCUCCAUCGCCCGAACGGUCAAUAGAGAUUGGCCGCGGCGAUGUAGGGCUUGAAACUGACCUCCAUGACCCCAUCCUGGACUUUGUGCCCUACUCUGACGACGAUUCCGGCUUUGGUUCUCACGAUCAAUCAGCGCCGAGAUUGAGUCCAGUACCACUAAGCCGGUUUGACGGUGCGGGUAACCGUGGUGGACCUGCAGAGCAGCACGCCCAGUUCUUUGUACAAAACAAGGACCCAACCAGUAAGCCUACGCAGGUGUUUGCUGAGGCGUGUCCACCACGCAGCCCACAACACGCCCGUCCAACGCCGACAGAGGAUUCCAGGGGUGCUGCGGAUGGCAGGCCGGGACUCGGUCGGGAGCCGAGGACGGUACGGAUCAAGAGAGAGUCGGUCGACGAUUUUGGCUACGAUCAGAAGGACUCACCUCACAUCCAAGCUGUUAUAUACGAUAGCACGUUACAGAGAGCACGGCAAGACGAAGUAGAGGCGCACGACUCUGACCCAGCUAGUAGAUCUACCGAGCAACACGACUAUAACCGUUUACGUAGGGCAGCAUUACGUACUGCAGCUCCGCUCGUAGACACUAGUAGCGAGAAGCAGCGGCCCCAAACUUCGCUUAUGGACCCAAGCACAGACGGUAUAGAAGCAGCGUUUACGAAAGCGGAGGACGUGGGUAUCUAUAAUUUCAAGGAGACAUCAUCCGUCGCCACUGCUUCGUCGCCUGCAGAACCCGACGACAAAGACUCCAAGCCAGCAAGCCAGACACGGCCGAGAACGACCUCGCAUAGAAGGCACUCCAACCCGCCGGAGGAUGCUUCACGACCGCAGUCAGCAGCUGAUCAAGCUCCACCCUCUAUUAUCAGCGCGAUCCGCAAUGAACGGUCGAGACUAUUUUCGCCCCCAUCUGGAGAGAAUCGUCAAACCACGCAGAUUGAAACUCUCUCUGACGACGAGACCGGCGAAGCAGCCGGGAGCAAGCGGUGCGAUUCAGACUUGUCCACUGCUCUCGAGACCCUGGGUCCUGGCCGCUGGGUCAAUGACAUCGCGCUCGAAAGAGCGCUAGACCAUUUCAACCCAUGUCCGUGGCGCUGCUGGGUCGCUCGAAGCAUACCUUUGGUGGAUGGGAGUGCACACCGUCCCAACUACAAAAGCCGCAUUCCAAGUGCUACAGAAAAGGUUGUCGUGCCCUUCUUCGUCAACGGCAAUCACUUCAUUAUUGCGGAAGCGGACUUAGUCCGGCGGCGCACCUUAGUCUACGACCCGAAGCAAGACUCUAGCUGGCCAGGGCGUUGCGGUCGAUAUGUCCUCGAAUUGUUGGCUCACCGGGGUGUAAAAACCUCCGAGUGGACGACUGCGAUGGACGAGUGUCGUAUUGCUCAGGAGGACGGAACGAAUUGCGCCAUCUUCUGCAUCAUGUGGUUCAUGUGCCGAAACACUGGACAUUUGCCUUCUGCGGAUGUGGAUGCCUGGCGUUAUGCUGCCCGCAUCUCUCUUCAUAUCGAGCUCUCGACGCUUACCGAGCAAACCCACAACAACCCAGCGGUCGCGGAGUGGGAGAGCGCGCAGUGCGCCCAGAUUGUUCGAGCCGUAUCCGGACGCCCCAUUGAUCUCAUCGAUGUCGCCGUCAAAUCGAUCCUCAACGCAACCCGAGCCGCCACAUCCUUCGUUCAAGGCGCAGACCUAGUCCUGCGGUGUAUCGCUUCCGCCAUCCCGCUGUUACAAGAAGACGCCGAGCAGUCAGUCAAGGCAGCGAAGCAAGCAUACCUGCAGCUCGGUUUCGAAGCCAAGCAUCUCGCCUCAAUGCCGAGAGCGAUAGAUGCGCCUCGCUUGCGCCAGCUCGGCCAGCUCGAGGCUCGGAUGAGGAUUGAGAGGGAGCGAGCUCAAGCUUUUGUGCAUGAGAGGCAGGAGGCGCACCGGCAGAUGGCUCUCAGGUUGACGGAGGCUACGCAGGAGCUACUAAAGGGUUAA